CUUCUACUUCAAACCAAGAUAUAUUAAUUAUAAUUAAUAUACCAUGCUUCAAACACUAUUUAUUUGUAGCAAACACGAGAUACGAAAAAUACAUUGCUGUUUGACAAACCAGAGUUACCUAGGUCGUCAAACAAAUGUAUUUUAAAUGGGACAUCAAACAAAAUCAGUUUGAAGGAAAAAUUCUGCGCGCAGUUGCAUGUUUUCGCGGCAACUUUUGCAAAUUCUUUAUUUGAUCUUCUGUUGUGGUGUGUGUGAAAAUCGAAAAAGUUAAAAAUAAUAUUCUUUAAAUAAAAAAUAAUUUUUUUAAUAACAAUUGAACUUAGAAAUUAAUAAAAUUGAAUGCCGAGGGUCAUUAGUCUGCAUUUUGUGUAAUUAAAAUUAGAAUUUUCAAUGGAUUGUAAUGAAACUACGCGUAUUUUAAAUUCGGAGACGAAUGAACAAUUAUUAAAAACACAUGCUGAAGAAUUAGCCAAUGUGCGUAAAUUACGCUUAGUUGUCAAGGAACUUAAACAGAUAGAUUGCACCAAGCUACAACUUCCUGACAUUGAACAAAUAAAAAAGGCCAUUGUAUUGAUAAAAAUUGGCGAAUAUCUUUAUUUAAACGAGAAAAAGGAUCAAGUAUUAAAUCUUAGUGGAGUAACAUCAAUUAAUCUCAACUACACUGAAAGAAAAGCCGUGCGUAAUCAAUUAACAGCUAAUUUAUUAAAGGAAUUACAAAGCAUAAAUAACUUCAGUAGUAAAUUGCGUACAGAGCUCCCAGAAUUAAUUAGUGAUGGUAAUACGUUACACACAGAGAUUUUAUAUUUGGAAAAGCAGAGACGGGCUAAUUUGGAGAAUAUGAUACAACUGCGAAAUCGCAAGUGUAAUUUUCUUAAAGUUGUCGCAGAACUAAAAAUGGGUCCAUACUUAGCCUGUGAGUUGGAAGUUAUGUUUGCAAAUGCUCGUCAUAAUCAAACAAAAGUCAAUAUCCUACGCGGCUACUUUGUAAAUGAGUUGCUAACUCGCACCGAACACAAUUUGAAAGCCAUACGUGAGGUAGAAGGCUAUAUUAAUGAUGCUAUGGAGAAGGAACAAGAAAUUAGUAAUUAAAAACAGUUUUGCUGGUUCAAUAAUAUUAAGUCUUGGUUUUAUUUACUUUUUACUUUUUUAAAUUAAAACUUUAUUAAAUAUUAAUAGAUUAUUGCAUAUAUUUUUUAAAAGCA